GAAUCUGCCAAUCGCAACCGAGUGGACGUCGCCGAAUCGGUGCGCUUGGACGAGGGAGUUUUCCCUGUCCCCGGCGUGGAUGAUUCGGGCGACACUGAAGGCGCUUUGCAGAUCGGGCCCGUAGCGGCGAACGUCGAUCUCAAGACGGAUGCUGGGAAACAACUUGUAUCGAGGCCUAAUGAUACAACUGUUAUGCAGACUCGAGACCAGGGCUUGCGCUACAAUGCUGUAAUACCUGAUGCCUCACUAAGCAAUCCAAAGGCUACAGUGUUGAGCGAAUGUUCAGAAUGCAGCACAACUAUCACAUCAGCACAGGAACAGCCGGAGCAGAUUCAAAAUAUUACUGAAAAUACUGCAUCGACAGUCACUGAAGUUAACAAUGUUGAAAUUUUAUCUGCAGAGAACAACACAUCUGAAAACAUCACCAGAAUAGAUGAUAUAGGGCUAAUUCAAGAGGAAUCGACUGAAGAAGUAUUAUCGAGAUCUUCUUUGACUGUGCAGGAAAGACGAGAGCCGCUGGGAAAGAGUUUAGGGCAUGCAGUGGUCAGUGAUGCUGAAUCGGAGUCGGGCAUGGAUCCUGGUGCCAUUGCUGGAAUUUCUCUCGGUGUGCUCGCGAUCGCUACGUUGGCUUCGGCAGCCAGCUUCGUCUUGUAUCGCACGAGGUAUUUGAACAACCCACAAACCCUGAGCGACAAAUGCAGUAAUCCCGAUUCCAGUGGAUACAUUGAUGACAGCACGAUGCGGGAAAAUUCAGAAGAAAUGUACAGUCUUGACAAUGAUUCCUUCCUCAAUUCACUGGAGGCAAUGACUAUUCAAAAUUACUGGACUGAUAGUGUCAAACAUACUAAAUUGUAAUGUGGCAAAUUUAUAUUUAAGAUUAACUUUAUAAUUUAUAAUUUUAACUACUUAAAAAGUACAUUACAUUAUUUUAUUAGAAACUAUUGAUAUGU